CAGUUUAAGAUCAGCAGGGUUUGAUUGGUUUUAGUCUCAUACUUUUGAAGAAAUGUUUUGCAUAUUAAUUUUUUUCUGUUUCUGGCAUCUGGUUGAUGGAGUGAAGAUAGUGUCAGUGAUGGAGGGAGAUUCUGUCACUCUACACACUGAUGUUAUUUAUAAACACAGACAUAGAUAUAGACUGUUGUGGAUUGGACCUGAAAAUACUCGGAUAGUCAGAGCUUAUUGGUUUCAUGAUGAGGAGACAUAUAUUAUGUAUUAUGGUGAUCAAAUAUUCAGAGACAGACUACAGAUCGACAAUCGGACUGGAUCUCUGACCAUCAGGAACAUGAGAACCACAGACUCUGGACUUUAUCAAAUGCACAGUCUCUUAAGAGAAUCAUUCAAUGUUACGGUCUACGCUCGUCUGCCCAUACCUGUCAUUAUCGGAGACUCUUCAAACUGUCCACCAUCAUCAUCAAGCCAGAAUUGUUCACUGAUGUGUUCAGCUGUGAAUGUGAGUCAUGUGACUCUCUCCUGGCUCAAAGGAAUCAGUGUAUUGUCCAGCAUCAGUGUGUCUGAUCUCAGCAUCAGUCUCUCUCUACCUCUGGAGGUGGAAUAUCAGGAUAAAAACACUUACAGUUGUGUGCUGAACAAUCCUAUCAGCAACCGGACCAGACAUCUGGACAUCAGUCAAUUCUGUCAGACAUCUGCAGAUCGUGUCCAUUGUUGUGGUUUCACUGAAGCUGUGAUUCGAUUGGUCAUCUCUGCUGUGGUGGGCGUGGCUACUGUUGCUAUAGUGGUUUAUGACUUCACAUCCAGAAGAGCUGAAAGGAAGCGGAGAACAUCACAGUCAGUCCAUGAAUAAUGAUCCACAUGUUUCAAUUUGUGCAAUGUCAGGAUUCCCAGUCACAGAAAACCUUGAAAUAAUAUAAGCCUAUAUACUACAAUUUUCAAUAAAUCACAAAAUUGUCUAAAUGAUUCAGAAUCAAAAUUAUCCUUAUCCAGUGAAUAACAAGAAACUCAUGGAAAUAAAUCCAUUGUAAGAAAAAGAGCGGGAAACACUGCUGUUAGAUGCCUUUAAUAAGCUUUUGCAAAGAAUACUGCGAUUUCUUUUCUUUUUUUUUUAAUAAAGAAUAUUGAUUUGCACUUUUCUCUUCUUCAAAGACAAUUAAAAUCUAAAGCAUGAUGUUGAAUAAUAUUAACAAUUCUUGUGUAUAAUAAUUUGCUUGUUCAGUCAGGGCUGAAAUGUAUCCAGUUUGAACUGAGCAUCAGGAACUGAAGGUAGUUCGUUUGAGGCCCAGUAGAUCUGAAGGGUUUCCUGGAGAUCAUUUUUCAAUAUCAAAUGCUAUAAAUAAACUGUAAAGAAUCUGUAUCAGUGUGAUAAUGAAAAAUAAAAAAUACGAAUCAAUCGAAGUGAGUUGACGUUUUAUAAACU